AUGAGUCAUAGAGCUCAUGUGGAGGCCGUGGACCGUACUUUAAAAGACCUCCGAAGCUCUGCUAAUGUCAUGGGUGGUAUCACUUUUGUAUUUGCUGGAGAUUUCCGACAAACGCUUCCUGUCGUCAACAGAGGUACGCGAGCAGAUAUUAUGAAGGCAUGUUUAAAAUCGUCUCACCUUUGGACAUCUGUUCAACAUUUGAAUUUGCGUACUAAUAUGAGAGCUCAUCUACAUGGAAAUACGCAUAGCAAUUUUCCACAACAGCUGCUUAAACUGGGAGAAGGAAUUUUUCCAUCUUUAAAUUUGGGCACCGAUUAUGCGGUUACUUUGGAUGAGUCUCUAGGGCAAAUAGUCUAUAAUUUAGAUAGUCUGAUAGAUGCUAUAUAUCCUGACAUCGAAAACUUACAUCAAAAUGAUUUUCGUUGGCUGUGUUGUAGAGCAAUAGUUUCUCCCAGGAAUGAAACAGUCUUCAACGAAAUAAACAAUUUAAUUAUGCAGAAAGUACCGGGUGAAGUUAAGUGCUAUAAAUCCAUAGACACCGUCACUAACAUCGAGGACGCAGUGCACUACCCCCAGGAAUUUUUAAAUUCUCUGAACCCCGCUGGGCUUCCACCUCAUGAACUUUCGUUAAAAGUUGGCACGCCGAUAAUGCUUCUCAGAAAUUUAAGACCCCCCAACAUGUGUAAUGGCACGAGACUUCUUAUAAAGGAGCUAAAAGAUAAUUUAAUAGUUGCGAAGAUUAUCACCGGCCCUGCAGCUGGUGAAUUAGAACUGAUUUGUAGGUGA